GAGGGAGAGGAAUGAAAGUACUUCAAAAUAUGGCCGCCAUGAGGCAUUUUUUGAUCGUGUUCGCUCAAGAACACAUAGAUUUCAGAAUCAGCGAAAUAAAGUCCCUUGUAUCUCAUCUUGGAAUCCAGGCUGAUCUGACUAGUCACAAAUAUGAAGAAAAGAGCCCUUUCUUGGAGAUCGAUCUCCCCUCGGAGGACUGCAUGCAGAAGCUGAUGAACCGCAGCGUCCUGUCCAGGUCUGCGAUCGAGGUGUGGGCCCACGGCUCUACAUACAGCGAGGUCUGCGCCGGGUUAGAUGCCGUCCCUCGGGAUGAGAUGGAGAAAUACUGCAAGGAGGACGUGUCCUUCUGUUUCAAGGUCCACACCUUUGGAAAGCAGCUCAGCAGUGCAGCUAAACUCGAUACAAUGAAGAGGUUGCAGGAUCAUCUACCCUUGAAAGGACCAGUGAAGAUGAGAGAUCCAGAUCAAGUCUUCUAUAUCUUUGAAGACUAUGGUGUUCAGCCAAACCAGGCCCCUGAUAAACCACAUCGCAUCUUUGUCGGCAGAUGGAUAUCUGAUGGUCAGAAGCGUUUAGCCCACCGCUACUCUGUGAAGACCCGUCAUUUCAUUGGGAACACCUCCAUGGAUGCACUCCUGUCGUUAGUAAUGACCAACCAGGCUGGUGUCCAAGAAGGGGAUCUUGUAUUGGACCCGUUUGUUGGAACAGGUAGUCUGCUGGUGGCAGCGGCUCAUUUUGGAGGUUAUGUAGCUGGCUGUGAUAUCAAUUAUAACAUCAUCCACGGCAGAGGGAAGUCAAGCAGGGCACAACCAAAGACAGAGACAAAGACAAAAUACAGAGGUAGAGAUGAGAACAUAAGUGCCAACUUGGAGCAGUAUGGCCUGGGCCACCGCUAUUUAGAUGUACUCAUAUCAGACUUCUCACAGGAUAUAUGGAGGGAACAGCCUUUGUUUGAUGCUAUCAUCACUGAUCCACCCUAUGGUAUCCGUGAGAAGACCAGGAAAGUUGGGACAGAGAAGGAGCAUGGUGCACGUGAUGAUCAGGGCUCCUACCAUGUGCCCGUAACCCAGAGCUACUUUCUCUCCGACAUAUUCACCGACCUUCUCAACUUCUCAGCUCACCAUCUCAGGCUGCAUGGAAGGCUUGUUUAUUUUUUGCCAAUUUACAGACCAGAAUACUCAGAAGAUCAGAUUCCCCACCAUCCCUGUCUAAAGAUUGUUGCAAACGAUGAACAGAUUCUCAACAGUAGCAUGAGUAGAAGACUCAUCACCAUGGAGAAAACUCAUCAUGUCAGCGAUGCCUCCACUUCCAUGGCAACGAUAUCUGACAACAAAUACGGAGAACACAAUGCAAUACGGGACAAGUUUCUGGUUCAAAACAUACACAAGAGACUGAAGAGCGAUGACAGUGUUAGCCCAGAGAGGGCGGCAGACACAGUAAGUCCAGAGAGGGCGGCAAACACAGAAACCAAAGAAGAGGUUGCAUGUGGAUCAUCACUGAGAUGACACCAUGGCGAUUGUCAUAUCUAGAACAGAGGAUGAUUUGUUAACCACAGGCAAGGAGAUGGAUACUAGAGUACUGUCACUCUGAAGACCCUGGCCAAUACUAUGACAACGACCAAGGAGCUCAUUUGCAGACCCAUUGUGUAUGCAGACAGAGUUGUUCCUGUAUAAAGCAUAUGGGAAUGAUAGACUUUGAUAGUCCACAGAUUAAACCUGUAUGAAGAAAUUCUGCUUGAGCAAACCAUCAGGGAUCCGCUUCACAAAGACUUUUCUCAAUGACAAAUGACAAAAAUCAGUGACAAUUCUGCUGAUAACCAAUCAGAAGCAAGGAUUUCACUAGCUUAUAACAGAAACUGUCAUUUGUCACUGAUAACAAAAUUUGUGAAACGGGGGCCAGGAUUUUGGACAACCACAAUAUCUGGAGAAUAGGCCCAAACUAAUUUUACUAACACUGACAGUCGGUGACGUCCUUGAAAUUUUACAGACCUGAAGUAGGCUGUUUGUCCUUACAACAGAAAUAAGAAAUAUUGACAUUCCACUAGAGGUUGCCCUGCCCAGACAGGGGCUGCCGUCCCAUCAUCUUCAUGUACAUACAUUUUAAUUGCCCAUAAAUUAUUAAAGUAUUGAGAUAAAAAACCUCCGUAAGAUCAUGAUUGCAAAGAGCAAGUGGUGUUUGAUGAGUACACUAAAGAAUGCAGGAGAAAAGAAUGGAAAUGUUGAACCUUUUCUUUCUCAUUGUGAUAAUGUAUUGCUACAGAUCAAGAACUUGGUGCUUCGGUUUUUAUGGUAACUUCUUUUAUUCACGCAGCUGAUUUUGAUGACUUAAAAAAUUAAAAUAAAAAGGUUUAUCCCCAAUAACUCUUUUUAAAGGUAAUGUAGGGAAUACAUUUUGAAAUAAACUGUCAAGAAUUCCCUCUAAACUGCUGCUCAGUUGGUUUAAAUGUAAAAUGGAAUUCCAUGUGUAUCACCAAAAUGUUCGAAUCAUCAAAUAAAGAUUUAGAAGAAGACC